GGCGGACCCCACUCCGGCGAUUGCAGCCCGGAGAACGCGUGGACUUUGCCGAUGGACAUUACGGCCGACUUCCGCAAGCUAGCGCGAUGGACGGACGCGCCGGCCGAGGCCAAGCCGGUCUCGGACUUCAUGCAGGAGGCCAUCGAUGUGCUAGAGAGCCUCCGCAAGAUCUCAACGCUUCUGCGCGGCCAGCGCAAAUGCUACGUCGACCCCGCCCGCUUUUUGCCGAGCAAGGCCGCCGCCUUUAGCGACGUGGAGCGCGACGAGCUUGAGGAGUCGGCGCUCGAGUCGUACCAAGCGUGUGAGCUGCAGAUCGAGCAGCUCAAAGAGCGCCUUCAGAUUGGCCGGUCCAAGAAGCCACAGACUACGCGCAUGCAGAUGGAGAUGGUCACAUACCUCUCGGACCGCGUCAAGCGGUCGGUGCAAAGCGUCCAAGCGGCGCGGAAGCAGCGUAUUGCGCGACCCUUCUUUGCGUCGCAGCGCUUUCUGCCCGACUCGACCGAGCUCCACGCGCCCGAGCCAAGUGCCAAGCCCAAGCCCACGGCGGCACCUCGUCCAGCAACCACUGCGACGCAUUUGCAAGAGCAGCCCCGUGCUCUACCCGCCAUCCAGUCCAACGUGAACGACGAGACGUCGUCGUCGUGGGCGUUUACCGAGGAAGAAACCCAGCGCUUCCACGCCGAGAACAUCCAGCUACACAAGCAUUUGCAUGAAGAGAUCGAAGCCGCCAAGCGUCUCGAGGCAAGCAUGAACGAGAUCUCGCGCAUCAUGGGCCACUUCUCUGACAACAUUGAGGCGCAGCAUGGCGACCUCGAGAAGAUUGCUGCGAAUGCUGACACGACGUCAACCAACGUCGUCCAGGGCAACAAGUCGCUCGCCAAGGCGUACGACUACGGUGAGAACCGCGGGUUCACCAUCUUUUGCUUUUACGCGGCCGCGUCGGUGUUGCUCCUCGUGAUGCACUAUUAUUAACACUAAAUACGUUGUCCAAGCACA